CCACUUUCGAUUAAUUAACUAAAAGUAACAGAGGAAAAAAAACUCAACACGCAAUAAAGUUAUUUGUUUACAAAGAUUCUACACUUACAUGAGUUUCAUAGUCUAUUCUGUCACGCCCCAAAAGUCGUGGCUAGCUCUGCAUAUAUAUAAAGGCUUGCACUCGUUAAGAUUCAAUAGCAUUAAACCAUAACACUUUUUCUUAGUGUUAUCUAUAUACCCUCUCAAAGGCAAAGCUUUCAAUAUUUAUUCUUUCAAAUUCCUUUCGGAACUAACUAGAGAGCCCGGAAUCAUGUUUUCCAUCAUAGAAUUUCCAUCUCUGUCCUCACUUUUCGCGGCCUUCACUUCCAUCACGGCCUCCAUAAUGUUAUGCCAGUCUCUAGUGAACCAGUUUUUGCCGAAACAAGUUCGUGACUACCUUGUCUCUUUCGCCCAAAGGUUGUUCAGAGCUAAUGAGCAGAACCUUACCUUGGUCUUCGAUGGUGGCAGAGACUACUCGGGCAACCAGGUCUACGACGCCGCCGGGGUUUACCUAGACACCCUGCGUAGCCCAAAAACCAGAAGGCUUAACGUUCGGAAAAGCACCAAAGAGAAGGGCCUGACCAUUCGGCUCGAGAAUGGCGAGAAGCUUAAGGACGUGUUCGAAGGUAUUGAGCUUCAAUGGAAGUUCGUUUUAUCCGAGCAAGUGAAUAACAACUCCGGUCACAGGUUUGCCUCUCAGAGCUCUGAGAAGCGAUUCUACGAGUUGAGCUUCCACAACAAGCACAGAGACACGGUUUUGAACUCUUAUAUCCCUUUCAUACUCAAGAAAGCCAAAAUCAUGAGGGACGAGAAAAGGGUCUUAAAGAUGCACACUUUGAGUAACACUUUCGACCCCGGAAUGAGAUGGGAGUCCAUUAACCUCGAACACCCUGCAACUUUCAGCACUCUGGCCAUGGACCCCAAGAAGAAGACUGAUAUCAUUGAGGAUCUCAAUAGGUUUGUGAAGAGAAAAGCCUUUUACAAGAAAGUUGGGAGAGCAUGGAAACGUGGGUACUUGUUGUAUGGACCGCCGGGGACUGGCAAAUCGAGCUUGGUGGCUGCCAUGGCUAACCACCUUAAGUUCGAUAUAUACGAUUUACAGCUCGGUAACGUACAACGUGACUGUGACCUGAGAAGGUUGCUUCUGACCACAGCUAACAGGUCCAUUCUUCUCAUUGAAGACAUUGAUUGUAGUGUUGAUCUCCCUAAUCGUCUCAAUGGAGGAGGAGGAGGAGAAAAAGAAGGUGACAAGAAUUGUGGAGACCAAAGCGACAAGAAUGCUGGCCCAUCUCUGACUUUAUCUGGGCUACUGAACUUCAUAGAUGGACUAUGGUCCAGUUGUGGAGACGAAAGGAUCAUCAUAUGCACCACAAACCACAAGGACAGGCUUGACCCAGCUCUCUUGAGACCUGGCCGCAUGGACAUGCCUAUUUAUAUGGGCUACUGUACUUACGAGGCAUUCAAGCAAUUGUCCUCAAAUUACUUGGGAGUCACUGGAGACCACGAACUCUAUGGAGAGAUCAAAGGGUUACUUGAGAAAAAACAAGUGACUCCAGCCCAAGUUGCUGAGGAGUUCUUGAAGUAUGGGGAUGCUGACUUUGCUCUUAAAGAAUUUGUCAAACUACUCAAAGGAGAGAAAUUGGAAGGUGGUGAUGAUGAUGGUCAUUAUCAGUGUGAUGAGGGUGAAACUAGCCAUGGUGAUGAUCGUGAUCAAGCCAAAAUUUAUGCUAUUGGUGGUGAAUCUACUGCUCAAGGGCCCAUAGUAGAUGAUAACUGGCAACUUGAGUAGCUAGUGUGAUUGUUAUGGUGGUGAUAGUUUGUGUCUAGCUAAUUAGGAAUUAAAAAAGAUGGGAAAUAACAGACCUGAAAUGGUUCUGGUCAUGCCCUUUCUGUGUGCAUUAAUUAUUAAAGGUCAAAUGUUGGUUUGUAUAUCCUUGGGGAUUCAAGACUGACUAUUAUAGAGCCUGCUUAUGUUAAUAUCAUUGUGAUUGAACUUAUUAGACUUGAAGAACCCUUUGAUGGGAACUUUGUUCUCU